AUGAAAAAAGUAGAGUCAAUCAAAUAUACUGAAAGGAGCAUUAUCAAUAAGGAAGUGACUUAGAAUUCUGGUAGUCACGGCUUAAAUGAUAAGUUUUUUUAUUUGUAGUAUGUUAGAAAACAUCAGAAAGGUCCUGAAACUCCUGAAAGAGCAAAAAGCUUGAGCGUUGACAGAAUGUAGAAAUAGGGUCAAAGUUCUGUUGAUCAGUUAAAUCGAAUCCAGUUUCAUGAAGAGACGAUCCCUUAAGACUGCAACCAUGAAAUAAAUUAGGAUAAUUCAAAAAUGUCCGAAUAUUCGCUAUAAAGCAUUGAAAGAGAGGACAUGAUUGAGGAUAGAAUUCAAAGACAUACACUUCAUAAGUCUAUUCAUGUCUAUUCCAAAUUUGUCUCCUCAGCCUCUCAUUAACUGAAUAUGCAACAAAGAUCGGAGCCAGACCCAGAAAAACCAGGAAUCGCUUUGAAUCUUUUGAAUGCAUUCAAUCAGCAACAGGAAGUGUAAUCUGAAUAUUUUAAUGAUAUUGAAUAUGAUAAAAUCACUCGUCGACAUUUAAAGUUAAUAGAAAGAAACACAAUGAAAGAUCCUUAUUACGUUAGAUUAGUCAAGUUGUCAGAAUUUUAAAGAUUAAAUUAUGAAUUAUAGAAAUAUAAUGAUAAUUUGGCUCUGUUAAACUUGAGAAAGGCUUUUAUUUAUGUAAUAUAUAGUAUUCCGAUAAUGGCAAGAAAAAUAGUAAACAAUUUUUUAUUUAAAAUCCUGAUGACAUUCCUUAUCUUAUUUAAUGUGGUAUUGUAUAUUGUAGUUAAAACCAACGGAAGAACAGAUACUGAUAAUAUAGAAGAAGUAGUUAUGAUACUAUUUAUUUCUGAAAUCGGAUUAAGAAUUAUAGCGAGUGGAAUCUUUUUUAAUGAUUAUGCCUUUUUUAGAAAUAUGGAAAACAUUUAUGAUUUUGUGCUGAUAUUUUUCACUGCUAUGAAUCUCUAUUAUCCCGAAAUCAUUAUCAUUGACAUAUCUCCUCUGAGAUUAGUUACAUUAUUAAUGUAUUUGACCAAUAUCUUCCAGGGAUUAAAUGUGAUGAUGACUGCACUCAGAUAAUCAUUUAAGUUCUUGGUAGAAGCACUAAUGAUAGUGAUACUGUUUUCAUUGAUCUUUGCAUCAAUGGGUAUCUUUCUAUUCCAAGGAUUAUUCAAUUACAGAUGUCAAUAUGAAAAUGGCGAUGAAACUGAAGGGUGGAUACAAUGCAAUUAAGCUCAAUGUCCCUCUGGAAUGCAUUGUAUGUAUAGUGAUUACACACCCAAAAUGCCAACUUCUUUCAAUAAUUUGAUAGGUUCUUUAGGAUAAAUUCUAAGAACAAUUACAAUGGAUGAUUGGAGUUGGGUUAUGUUCUUUACUAUGAGAAUAUUUCAUCCCUGGGUUUGGUUAUAUUACUUAUUAAUUAUUUUUAUUGGAGGUUUUUUUGGAUUUAACAUAGUUAUUGCAGUGUUGAAGGUUCAUUAUUCCGAGGCAACCGAAGAAAACAAGAAAAGGGAAGAGGAGAAUGAAAUUUAGAAAAGAUUGAAAGAAGAGGAAGAAUAUCCAGAAAGAAAUCUGUUAGAAAUCCUAGAUGUUGCUCAUUUGAGAGAAAUUAAAAUCUAUAAAGUAAUCAAAAAAUACAGAACUAAUUUAAAUGAAGAAUCGUUGAAACAAUAUUCUAUUGAAGAUCCUAACAGCUUUAAGAUGAAAUAAUAUCAAACCGAAAGAACAUUGUCAGCUAAACAAAAAUAAUUGGAAAGUGGAAUCAUUAAACUACCAUUUAUUGAAUAUAUUACCAGUUUCACUUGGAAAAGGUUCCUUUUACCAAAAUUUGAUAUUCUAGAUGCUUUAAUUAAGAAAAUCAAGGUAAAAAAUUAUACUGAGGUUGAAUUCGAUAUGAAGGUUAUUGAAAAACUAAAAACGAUUAAAUUUUCAAGAUUACAACCAUAAGUGAAUAUGAACGUCAAGCAAAAUUUUACUUCAUCAAAUGAUGUUCUACUUAAGUUGAUAGAUAUAUAAGAUUAGAUUCAAAAAGAGAAGAACUUCAAUCUUGAAAAGAUUAGAUCAACCAAAUUCUAAAUGAUCUAUCAUUAAAUAAAGAUUGAAAAGGAUAAAUUGUAUGGCAAAACUCAAUUUGGAAAGUCAGCCUUCCCAACUAAAAGUAAAUCGGUGUCUCCCUUUAUGAGUAUUUACUAAAAGAAAGUUGAAUAGAGCACAGAUUCAAUUGUUAAUUUUGACCAAAUUAAUCUAAAAUCAUUAAAUAAGAUGAAAGCUACCUAAAUUUUAGAAACCAAAUACAAAACCUUCUACGUUGUUAGAAACGGAAAACCUUAUAUACAUAUUUAGGGAUACUAUACAAAUUUUGAUGGAGUCAAAUUAAAAAUUAAUCAAAAAAUCCCAAUGAUAGUUCAUGAUUAAGUCUCCAAUAAAUUCAAAUAUUAGAGUAUGAGAAUGAAAGAAUAUUAAAAUCACAGAAGAAUUACCAAACAUAAUUGGUCAGGCAAAGAUGUACUUGAAGUCACUAAAUUCAGAAUGUAGUAUUUUCAUGUAGUUUUAUCUAUGCUUAAUAAAGUUGAUAUCAUUAUUUGGAUCAAUGGAAUAAGAGGAAUUUACAUAAUGUCAUAAAAAUACGCAUUUAUAAUUGUAACUAGCAGAUUUAGUCAAUUCUUCUUUGAUUUAGUAAUACUUAACAAUUUUACAUUUUUAUCGCUCUAAGGAAUUGUAGAUAUCAAUAUCAUAUCCACAGUUGAAGAUAUCUCUACAAUAUUUUUAUGCUUUGAAUUGAUGAUGAGGUUUUUGGGUUUUAGAUUUAAAGAUCUUCUGAGAUCUCCUGAUUUAAUUUUAUAAUCCGUUAUUGUGAUAAUAAACUUUUUCGAAUUAACCAUAAGUGAUUACAUGACAAAUUAUUUGAGUGAGUAAAAUUUACGAUUAAUAAGAGGAACCAAAUGUUUGUUAUUCUAUAGAUGUCUUAAAUACAAUAAGAUGGCUAUUACAAUUGGUCAUAUUGCUUCUAUGACUUUUGAUUAAUACAUUUAUUUGACAUUCCUUAUGUUUUUAGUGAUAUUUAUGUAUGCUCUAACAGGAAUGGAAAUGUUUGUAGGAAAAUUUGAUCAAAAUGAUUCCCUUGGAUAAUUACAUUCCUAUGAAAAUAUCUUUAAAUCAUUUAUGACAAUCUUCAACAUUAUGACAAACGAUGAUUGGUAUGGUGUUUAUGUGAUUGGAAGUGAUAUUGAUUUUACCUUUUCAAUCAUCUAUUCCUUUUCUCUGGUGCUUAUCUUAAAUUAUCUAACUUAUGGUUUAGUUAUGGCGGUCCUAUUGGAUGGUUUUGGGAAGUAUCUAGAUUAACCAGUUGAAGAAAUUCAAAAUGAAAUCCAGAAAAAUAUUAAUGAAUAAUUAUAGCAUAUUACAUAGAAUUCAGACGAAAUACAAAUGCAGUUAGUUGAAACAAACUAAGAUCAACAAAUGCCCAAUAAGAAUUUGUCAAAUGAUGAGAUCAAUAAAAGUAAACCCAAUUUAAUCUACAAUCUAAUUAAGUCAAUAAAAUAAAUUAAUAAGAAAUUGCUAUCAAAAACACCAAAAUUAUAUGAAGGUAUAGAGUGCGAAUCCUCUUUGUUUUUGUUUGAGAAGGACAAUCUAUUUCGCAUAGUCUUGACUCAUCUGACAACAUCAAUGAUAUAUGUCUACAUCAUGGAUAUAGUCACUUAUCUAUCUAUCAUAGCUUUCAUCCUUAAAACCUAUAACGAUUAUGAAACAGAUAGUGAGUCGUAUCCAGACACUCUUCAAUUCUCAUGUAAUAUCAUUCAAUUGGCUGAUACGAUAUUUAAUGUUAUUGCUAAAGGUUUGUAUAUGGAUCAAGGCUCCUACUUGGUCUCAACAUUCUAAGUGUUUGAUUUUAUCUAUCAAGUAUCAAACAUCAUAGCGUUUGGUAAGGAUCCAGAGGAUUUUAAGCCUAUUUUAAAAAUUCUCCUUUAUUUAGGUUACUUUAGGCCAAUGAAAUUGAUGUAUAGAUUGAGUUGGCUUACAAAUUUAAGAGAAGCCAUCGGAAGAUCCUUAUUUGAUAUAUUAAACGUUAUAAUUACUUUAUUAUCAGUUUGGAUAAUGUUUGGAGUGUAUGGCAUUAUACUUUAUGAGUAAUAAUUUGGAUAUUGUGAAGAUAAGAUGGCAUUUGAAGUUAAUAAACAGACAUGUCAGGAGGAAGGGAAAAUAUGGGUGAAUUACAAGCAUAACUUUGAUAACAUUACAAUAGCAAUUCCUACUUUGUUUGUGACAGCCACAUUGGAUGGUUGGGGUGAGAUUUAUUAAAUUGCUGAGAAUAGUUAAGUGGCUUCUAUAGGUCCACAAGGAUUCAAUUCUUAUAUAGUCACUUACAUCUUCUUCUUACUUUUUGUUUUCAUAGGAUCCAUGUUUUUCUUAAGUCUUUUCACAGGAGUACUGUAUACCAAUCUAAAGAAAAAUCAGAGGGAAAUUGAAAAUACUGAAGUCACUUAAUCAUAAAAAGAAUUUAAAGAAAUAUCAUAAAUGUUGAUAAAUGACUUCCCAUAAUUUUCUACUCCACCCACUAAUGGAAUAAGAAAGAUGGCUUCUGACAUUACAAGCAGUCUAACGUCUUAAAAAUGUUUAUUUUUACUUUUAUGGGUGGAUUUCAUAAUAUUGUUGAUGUUCACAUCAGAUAUGAGUGAUGAGUACUUUAGAAGGAUAAAUGAUGUUCAUAAUGCAUUAACUGGAAUUUAUCUAAUUUGGGUUAUCUUAUUGUUUUUGGCAUUGGGUGUGAAUAGAUUUUUUGAUAAUUCUUGGAGAAGAUUUUAUUUCUUUUUGAUAGUGAUUGCAGUCAUAGAUUUCGUUGCAGAUUAUUCAGUAGAUUGGAUUAUGAUAUAUUAUAAAUCCACUCCUAAUGAUGAGGGAUUUUAAUUACUUCGCUUAUUCUUCUCUUUAAGAAGUCUAAGAAUAAUAUUAAUAUUCUAAGGAUUCAUCAAUUUACAAAGAUUGAUCAAUGUGAUUCUAUUUGCUUUGCCAUAUUUAGGCAAGAUCUUUUCUAUUUUGAUAAUCACCAUGCUAGUAUUUGCUUUAUUUGGGUGUCAAUUAUUUGGCACAAUAGAUAAGGGAUAAGUGUUGGAUGACUAACUUAAUUUCAUGACAGCAGGCAGUGCCAUGAUGACUUUAUUCAAAUGUGCAUCAGGGGAUGAUUGGAGAACUAUCAUGACAGAUACUAUGCAUUACAAUCCUUUAUGUUGGGAAGAUCCUAAAUAUUGUGGAUCAUUUGCAAGUUAAAUAUACUUUUUCUUAUUCAUGUUCUUUUCCACUUACGUUCUUCUAACACUAUUUUUAUUAAGUUUGGUAGAAUAAUUUGAAUCUUUUUUCUAAUUAUAAGCCUCACCAAUUUAAUCAUAUGUUGAAAAUAUCGAUAAAAUUAAAACGAUUUGGUGCAAAUACUCCUCGGAUACUUAAGGAUAAACGAUGCAUUAUAAAUUCUUAUGCAAGUUUCUCUUAGACAUUGGUAAACCUUUUGGAGGAGGGGAAGAGGAGAAUCUUUGGGAUGUUGCUAAAAUAGCCUCCUCAUUUAAAUUGAAAUGUGAUCACUACGGUUACAUUCAGUACAACCAAUUGAUUUAUGAGUUGUUCAGAGUGAAAUUCCAUGCAGAUGUUUUUAAGGAGGGUACUCCUGAUUCCAUCAAAUAAAUUAAAUAAUUCAACAAAGAAAUGCAACUGCGCUUGAUGUACUACAGGAAAAAUAGGCACAUCGAAAGAUCGAACAUAAGCUCAGCCCUUCAAUUAAAGGCUAAUUUUAAUAUUCUCCACGAUUAUCUUACUGUCUUGAUUCUCUUCAAAACUUGGGAAUCCUACAGUAAGAUCCUUAUUAGAAAGCUAGCUAUCAAACAAAACCAAUUCUCUGAUGAUGCUAUAUCCAUCGAUAGUGAACUGUAACAGAACAACAACAAUAAUGUAAAUCAUAUUAUGGAACCAGAUAUGUUUGAAGCCUCAUGUGAAGAAGCUACCAUCAACUGUAAUUUCGAAAACAAAAAGCAUCAUCAUACUAACGAAAGUUAAAACUUAUCGCAUAUAGAAUUGCCAAUCUUCAAAAGUGCCUCGCCCUUCUCUAUUCAAGGAGAAGAUAUAAAAAUGAUCUUUUCAGCUGCUGGUGAAAAGUAACCUAUAAUAUGA